GCUCGUUUUUCUUCAUUUCACGCCUGCGUUUUCUCUCUCCUCACGAGCGCCUCUUCCUCGUCUUCGUGUUCGUCCGGUGGUGGAGUCUCCACCUUGCUUCCAUGACCAAAACCAGAGAGAGAUCUCUCUGUCUCGCGCCAAGGCUCCUUCCUCGCAUGGUUCGCUCGACGGUGAAGCUUUCGUCGUCCUCAAAGGGGAACGAACCAGAGAGGAGGAGAUUGUCUUCCUCCCCUGCCCUGACGCUAGGGUUCUUCGUGCGCUGCUUCCAAUCGACCAUCCGACCCUCUUAGCCGCCGCUGCCUCCUCUGCUGCUACCGUUUUUCAUCUCUGCCUUGCGACGUGUGGAGGAACCGGCAGGGAAGGAGGGACGACGGGAGGGUUACUGUUUUCCCCCAAACCGCUUCUGUUACAACCAUCACGGUGUUCCCUUCUCUUGGAGCUCUCCAGCAACAAGAAGAUUGAAGAAAACGCCCCUGCUGUCGGCGUCCGUGGCAGAAGAAAAAGGAAAUCGAGGCCUCGUUCUUCACGGGAGGGGAUGACUGAACGGGGGUUUCAGCCGAAACCCCUCAGUAAAGACCGUACCCCUUUUUUUUGUGUGUGUGUUUUUAUAUCAGAUAAGCAUGCUCUGUUUUUUUUUAGGAUUGAAUGUAGUUUGGUUUCUCACGGAUGAACACCCAUAGCGUAAUACAGAAAAUCCGAGUAAAACAUAAGCAGAACGGGAAUCUAGAACCUCAUGCUUGGAUUCAUUCUACAUGUAUAUGCAUCUAUACAAACUCAAAAUAUACAGGCUUCAUGCUCCAUUCAUGAUCGAAAAUCCCCAUACCUUCUAAUCGAGAUUGAUUUCCAGCAGCAACCUCUUUUUGCUUCUCGUUCCUUUCCAGCAGCACAAAUGAGGAUCUCUUCCUCACCUUCUCCCUCUUUCUCUCAAAGUCUUUGCCGUUGAGCUUUUUCCUCUGUGAAUGCAGUAAAAGAAAUGAUCAUUUUCUGAAACAUGGGGUUAAAUAACCCUCUACAGGCCUUCUUAAUUGUCAUCCGUUUUUUUCUUUUCAGUUUCUCACAAGAAAGGAAACGGCCUCUUGAUUUCCUUUCUCAUCCCUUUAAUUCUUUUCAGUUAGAAAAUCAUUGGUCUUCUUUCCAUAUUAUUCCUUUUAUAAUGAAAAUGGGCAGUUUCAAAAGAAAACGAAAGGAUUAACGUCGUGGGUUUUACAGUUUCGGCGCAGCUCUUCGCUUCCGUCUCCUCUGCCUUUGCUGCUCCUGCCUCCUGCUAUGCUUCUUUGUUUCUUUUCUUAACUAUUUGUAGGAACUUAAGAGGAAGCGGUGAAUCUGAUAGCACUUAACGUAUAUGAUUUUUUCAGUAGUGAAUCUCAGUUUUUAAAUUUGUCUAAUUUAUGAAGGAUUUUUGUUUGGCGAUCUGAAUCGCGCUUGACGAAUGAGGAGAUCAAAGCUUCGCCAAACAUCCCCCAAUGUUUGUUUAUUUUUACAUUAGUAUCUUCAAAUAUUUGCUUUGUCCUAUAUGUGAGUGCCCCUUCUAUGUGAAAAUCUAUGAAUGGGUGCCCCCUCCAGAAAAUUUUUCUGGCUCCGCCACUGCAUCAAGGCAUGUAUUUGGCCUACGUAGGCAGCAACAGUGAUGUUCCCUGCCUUGUCAAUAAAUCUCUGAAUAACCAAACUUGGAGUUCUUUCAUCUCUAAAAUCUGGGCAUUUGAUAAGAAGAAUUGCAUUCUUAGGAUUCGAAACACCAUGUUUUUGUUCUAUGAAACAUUUUUGUGAUGAUGCCAAACAUGAAAGUACAAACAUUUGAUCGUUGAAGAAUGAUACCAUAUUUUAUAAAUAAGAACACUGUUCUUAGAAAAAUGUAUCCAAAUAAGACAAUGUUCUUAUUCAACACCCUGUAAGCACAAAAUCUUUGGUGUUUCCCUUUUAAUGGCAGUUUGACUCCACCGGAACCAGUGGAAUUCUGGAAUCAGAAUUCCGAUUUUGUCUUUGCGAACCGAUUGAAGGGCUGAGUCAGGAAUCAAAACUCGCCAUGCUUUUUCCCGCGACCGCUUUCUUCUCCUCCCUCGCGCGAAAAAAAGACCUCCUGCUGCAGCCUGCUGCUCUCUUCCUCUCUCUGUGUUCCCCUCCUCGCUUUUGCUGCAGUGCGUAAGGAAAGGUCUUGGUGGUGCAGGCCGCGAGGUGAGGUCGUGCUCCUACUGAGGUGCCAUUUUUUGAACGAUUUCAUCACCUAGCCACUUCGGGAGUUCCUUCAGUUGACAAUGAAGAUCAAGGAAAAAAAAUCUGGGAUACUUACAAACUUUGAAGUCCUUGAGCAUCUAAAAUCUAGAGGGGCAACACUGGAUCCUUUUGGCUCAUUGAGUAUGGCAAGACGGUCAGAAUGCAAGGUGUUUGAUUAUUUGGCUCAAACAUCUGCAGCAACUCAAACUAGAGAAAGAAUAAGUGAAUUCUUGCAGCGGUCAGAAAAAUACAAGCUCACAAGUGCUGAGAAGGUUCAAGUCAUAAAUUUAAGCCCUUCCAGACCUGUCGAACUUGAUGGGGUAAUGAUUGUACCGGAGGUUGAAAACAGAAUGACUGAUGAUGAAGUAAAUGAGUUUCUGAACUUGGUGGUUGAACUUUUACCACCUUGUCCCAGCAAAUCCGGUUCUGAAGAUACAAUGGAAGAAGUUCAAGAAGCACAGUAAUCAACAGUUCACUGGCACUAACUUUUCCUGCCCAUCCUUCCAGAUUUUCUACAGAAACUCCAGGCAUGCUUGGUUGAAAGUACGGAUGCAUAUGGAUAGUUUACUUGUACAGAGUUGGUGCAUUGAUUGCAUGUUGAGAAAUUUAGAAAAUAUCUAGGUGUUGUUUGGUUGGUUACACACUUCAAGUAGUGUGCAUGUGUAUGUGUGUGUGAGUGAGUACGUGGGGGAGAGAUGGCAACCUAUUAUAAAAAUGCUCCAUUUCUGAAGAAACAGCUGAAGUCCUGCAAAUUGUCUUCAUAAUUAUGCUAUUGAAUAUGCUAUUCCAGCA